AUGCCUUCUUUUGGUGACGUUCUUGACAUUGCCUCUGGUGGCCUCGAAAUAGCAGAGAGUGCGCUCGAGGCCGUCCCGGGUUUGCCUGCCCUUGUGGCAGGGUUCAAGCUCCUUGUCGACAAAGUUCAGCUUGUUCGAGAGGUCGAUGACAGGCACAGCGACUUCCUUGCUCAGGUCGACAAGCUGAAGACCGUCAUCGGCACGGCGGCGAAGAAGGUGGGCUUCCAAAACGCGUACGAGAUCUGCAGAGAGGACCGAAAGAUUGUGGACUCCAUUCCUUGGGCCGAUGCAGGGUAUUGGUCUGUCGACGAACUUAAGAGCGGGUUCAUGCAAGGCACCCGGAAGGAGCUAUUUACGGAGCUAGAGUCGUGGUCUCAUGGUCGAUUUCCCGAGGACAAGCCCAAAAGAGUCUGCUACCUCAGCGGUGGGGCAGGUCUAGGGAAGUCAUCGAUUGUCCAUCAACUCUGUGUCCGUCUUGAUGCUGCCGAGCGACACCCUCUCAGACUCGGCGCAUCGCUCCUCUUCGUCCGUGGGCGCGGAGAUCUAGAAUCCGCUCGCCUAUUCUUCCCGACUCUUACACGCCAGCUUGCACAGACCCAACUAUCCAUUCGACCCCAUAUCUUCAGUGCCGCGCGAGAGUAUCUUGUGCAUGGCGAGCAGCAGUGGAUGCAACACACACUCCAAGGGCUCCUUCGGAAAGCUCUGAUUGCCGCCCCCGCCAACCAGCCACCGACACUACUCGUCAUCGACGGAAUAGACGAAUGCAAGGAUGGGGAGCUCGUUCCAGACCUGCUUCGAUCGUCGCUCAGCCUUGUCCGCGAGUUUCUCUGGCUGUACGUCUUCGCCGCCUGGCGCCCAGAACCUCAUAUACUGUCGGUACUCGCAUCUCCCGACUUUGCCGACAUCGUUCACCAUAUGGGACUGGAGGACACACUGGAGGACUGGGGUGACGACGUGGAGCUCUACCUCAAAGAGACGGUCCCAAGGAUCCCCUCGUACGCCGACUUCCCCAAUAAGCACCCUCGUGCCCUCGAGCGUCUCAUAAACGCGCAGCCGGCAUGUCCAUCUUUGCUCGCAUCGCAGUGA